GCGGUAUUGGAAGCGACGAACGAGCGGGGAUCCAACAAUACUCGAUCUGCUGUACCAGCCAAGCGCCUUUGGCCGUUUGACAAUAACCAGAUUACCGACAUAUCUCUUGCUCUGUUACGACACGUCUUGCGACAGCCUUUGCAGGAGCAUUCAUUGCGAAUUAUCAGCUUUGCCACAUGCGUGAUUACCCUGCGCAGCACGCCGCCCUCUGAACUAGCCAGAUGUCCGAGCCGCCGUCGUCGCCGCCGAGACCAGGAGCCAGUGUGGAAGAUGCCUUAGCUUGGUACAAGUCGCAAUACGAGGUGCUGGAGGCAGAACUAUCCGAGUUCCAGGCCUCAAGCAAGGAACUUGAAGGGGAACUCGAGAAGGAACUAGAUGCGGCCGACAAAAGGGAGCGGGCGCUACGGCAAAAGACAGAGUCUCUGAGUUAUGAGGUGGAGGAGUGGAAGAGAAAAUACAAGGAAUCCAAGACCGAGGCGAACGCGGCGCAGAACGCGCUCGAGAAAGAGAUUACGAACCUCCGCGACGCAAAUAGGACGCUCCAGCUCAGACUGCGGGACAUCGAGGUGGCCAACGAUGACUUCGAACGCCAGGCGCGCACUACUACAUCGUCUCUGGAAGACCUCGAGUCCAAGUACAAUGUUGCGAUUGAGAGAGCCGUCAUGCUGGAGGAGGAGAUCAAGAUUGGCGAGCAAGAGCGGGAGCGACUACGAGUCGAGACGCAAAGACUGAGGGAAGAGCUAGCGGAUCUCAAGAUCGAAGCCGAAAUCCUGCAAGACAAGAUCAAGAAGCAAGAGUCGCGCCAUCUGUCAACCAUCUCGACCGACAUUUCGGUUCCUGGCUCACCCUCCUUCUGCAAUUCCCCGCAUUCGACUGCGAGCUCUCCGAUGAUCAUGACACCACCGGACACCAAGUCGUUGUCCACGGCGGACACGGCGUCAGAGAUACAAGAUCCUCCGUCGCCUCCAAUGUCCGACACCUCAGUGCCUUUGCCCAGCAUCGGGGGGCUCAAGACACCGGCCCCUCCACAAAAGAGUCGACUGCCCUCCGCCCCCGCCGAGAACAACAUCAUGCCGAAGCCGAGGGCGUUCACGACGUCCACUUCCUCUUCUCGCUCAUCUCGUGUGGCAACCGCCUCAAGUUCGAUGCGGACACCGGCCCACCGAAGUUCGGCAGCAAAGUCGACCCGCGCAACAGCCCACAGAAUCCCGCCCUCAAACUCCCUCACCCACAUCCGGACGCUCACCGCCCAAAUGCAGCGGCUAGAAGCCCGUGUGCAAUCGGCCCGCUCCAAGCUCCCAGGACCAGGACCGGCCAAUACACCGCCACGUUCCUCCCCUCGCGGUAUCGGUGUUCCAUCAACCGUCACAAUCCGAAGCCGCAAGCGCACUGUCGGCUCCACUGCAUCUUCCAGCGCCGUCAGCCUUACCGGAUCGGAAACAACCCCCUCUCAGCCCCGACACGCCCCCUCUGAAUCUCGCGGUAGCAUCUCCUCGAGCACAAGCAAGCAUGUACCGAGACUUAGCACGUCCGGGGUCUCACGAUUGUCCUUUGGGCCGUUGCCGAACCGCAACCCCGCCAGUUCGUCUACCUACAAUGCCGACCCCGACGCCUCCCGGCCGAGUAGCAGGGCUAGUAUCUCGAGCUAUGCCCGCCCUCCAAGCAGGGCCGAGUCCCAUGCCAUGCCUCCUCCUCGGCCCAUGAGCCGCGCCGGCCUUAGCAGCAGCCGAACGCCCGCCGGCCUGAGCAGGCCACGCAGCAGUCUCGGCAUGCACGGAGGUGUGGCUUACAGCACGGCCGAGGAGGAUGACGUUCCCGCCGGAGCGCCCAUGAACGCCCCCGGGUAUCGCACUCCUAGUAGGCGGGCUACGUACGGUCGUGUGGAUAUGGAGAGCGGAAUUCCGCUUCCGGGCGUUGGGAUUCCGGUCCCUUCUUCGAGGAGACAGAGCGGUGGGGCUGCGUCUGCCGGCAGUGGGAGAAGGACAAGUUCGGCGAGUACAAGAGUAGUGUUGGAGGAUUUGGGCGAGACAUAUUGAUGGGCAGUGGGUCCUUGUCUUCUCGUCACUGGCCCUUUGCUUGUCCAAUUGACGCGGAUACCACGGCUUCGGCUUGCUUGGAGGGAGGAUGCGGCU